AUGAGUGAAGAAGCUAUUUGUACAUGUGUUUGGUGUCUACAAAAGUCAGACGGGCAGGGCAAAUUAGUUAGUAGAUCAACUUGUGCAAGGCACUUACUAGUCACUUCUAUUGCUCAAAUUUCAUCAUCAGCUAUUCUAGUAAUAGCAUCAUUUACUAGACAAGAAGAAUUGAAUAAUGAACAUAAUCAAAUAUUAGGAAGCGAAAAAGAAUUUGAAGAGUAUAAUAAGGGGCAUAACGAUGAAUAUAAUGAGAACAAUGAUAAUGAAUGUAACAAUACAUAUAGUAAGUACGAUGAAGAAGAUUAUGAAGAGAAUAAUGAGAGGUAUGAGGAGGAGUACGAUGAGGGAUAUAACUUGGAUGGUGUUGAGGGAUAUGAUGAUGAUUAUGAUGGAUAUAAUGUAAAUGGCGAUGAGGAAUAUAACGAAUAUUAUGAAGAAUAUAAAGAGUGUAGUGAAGAAAGUGAUGAAGAGUUUAAUAAAAAUUUAGAUUUUGGUAAGCCUAUUACUAAAAACAUAAUUCUUUAA